UGCGUUUGCGGUCCUCUCCUGUGCAAGGUUUGGAAACAGUGCUGAAACGACACUGCCGACACGCGAGUUAAGAUUUUCUAAAAGAAAUAAACAUUUAGACGAUCUAGACCACCGGAUUCUUUGUUUCGAAAACAGAGCGUUCAGGCCUUCUCACCAUGGAGACGGAUUUGUACGAUGAGUUUGGGAACUACAUCGGCCCAGAGUUGGACUCAGACGAUGAUGACGAUCUGGGGCCGGAUGACCAUGAUGCAGAUGAGGCCGAUGAAGACGAAGACGAAGAGCCGGCAGACGCAGACGACGACGCCCCGGGGAUGGAGGUGGUGCUGCACGAGGACAAGAAGUACUACCCGACGGCGGAGGAAGUGUACGGGCCGGAGGUGGAGACCAUCGUCCAGGAAGAGGACACGCAGCCGCUCACAGAGCCCAUCAUUAAGCCCGUGAAGACCAAGCAGUUCACCCUGAUGGAGCAGGAGCUGCCUGCCACGGUCUACGACAUGGAGUUCUUGGCAGACCUGAUGGACAGUCCCGAACUGAUCAGGAACAUCACCCUGUGUGGGCACCUGCACCAUGGCAAGACCUGCUUUGUGGACUGCCUGAUCGAACAGACGCACCCGGAGAUCCGCAAGCGCGACGACAGUGAUCUCCGGUACACAGAUAUCCUCUUCACAGAGCAGGAGAGAGGAGUCGGCAUCAAGAGCACCCCCGUCACAAUGGUACUGCCCGACUCCCGGGGCAAGUCUUACCUCUUCAACAUCAUGGACACACCAGGCCAUGUGAACUUCUCAGAUGAGGUGACGUCAGGGAUCCGGAUUUCAGAUGGCAUUGUCCUCUUCAUCGACGCAGCGGAAGGGGUGAUGCUGAACACGGAGCGGCUGAUCAAACACGCGGUGCAGGAGCGGCUGGCCAUCACCAUCUGCAUCAACAAGGUGGACCGGCUCAUUGUGGAGCUCAAACUCCCGCCCACCGACGCCUACUACAAACUGCGGCACAUCGUGGACGAGGUCAACGGCAUGCUCAGCACCUACUCCACAGAUGAGAACAUGGUGGUCUCCCCGCUGCUGGGGAACGUCUGCUUCGCCAGCUCCCAGUACAGCAUCUGCUUCACCCUGGGCUCCUUCGCCAAAAUCUACUCCGACACCUACGGGGACAUAAACUACAACGAGUUUGCCAAGAGACUGUGGGGAGACAUUUACUUCAAUCCCAAAACGCGCAAGUUCACUAAGAAGGCCCCCAACAGCAGUGCCCAGCGCAGCUUUGUGGAGUUUGUGCUGGAGCCCCUCUAUAAGAUCCUGUCCCAGGUGGUGGGGGAUGUGGACACCUCUCUCCCGCGGGUGCUGGAUGAGCUGGGGAUCCACCUGACCAAGGAGGAGCUGAAGCUCAACAUCCGGCCCCUGCUGAGGCUGGUCUGCAACCGCUUCUUCGGAGAGUUCACAGGGUUUGUGGACAUGUGUGUGCAGCACAUCCCCUCUCCACACGGGGGCGCCAGGAACAAGAUUGAGCACAGCUACACCGGGGGCCUGGACUCUGACUUGGGGGAGGCCAUGGCUGAGUGCGACCCGGACGGCCCUCUGAUGUGUCACACCACAAAGAUGUACAGCACGGAGGACGGGGUGCAGUUCCACGCGUUCGGGCGGGUCCUCAGCGGCACCAUCCAGGCGGGGCAGCCCGUCAAGGUCCUGGGCGAGAACUACACCCUGGAGGACGAGGAGGACUCCCAGGUCUGCACCGUGGGGCGGCUCUGGAUCUCUGUCGCUAGGUACCAGGUCGAGGUGAACCGGGUCCCGGCCGGAAACUGGGUCCUCAUCGAGGGAUGCGACCAGCCCAUCGUGAAGACGGCCACCAUCACGGAGCCUCGGGGCAACGAGGAGGCCCAGAUCUUCAGGCCUCUGAAGUUCAACACCGCAUCGGUCAUUAAGAUCGCAGUGGAGCCGGUCAAUCCCUCGGAGCUGCCCAAAAUGCUGGACGGCCUCAGGAAAGUCAACAAGAGCUACCCCUCCCUCACAACCAAGGUGGAGGAGUCCGGAGAGCACGUCAUCCUGGGCACCGGCGAGCUCUACCUGGACUGCGUCAUGCACGACCUGCGCAAGAUGUACUCCGAGAUCGACAUCAAGGUGGCUGACCCCGUGGUGACCUUCUGCGAGACCGUGGUGGAAACCUCCUCCCUUAAGUGCUUCGCUGAGACGCCCAAUAAAAAGAACAAGAUCACCAUGAUCGCUGAGCCGCUGGAGAAGGGGCUGGCAGAGGACAUCGAGAACGAGGUGGUGCAGAUCACCUGGAACAGGAAGAAGCUGGGAGAGUUCUUCCAGACCAAGUAUGACUGGGAUCUGCUGGCUGCUCGCUCCAUCUGGGCCUUCGGACCUGACACCACGGGGCCCAACAUCCUGGUGGACGACACGCUGCCCUCUGAGGUGGAUAAAGCCCUGUUGGGCUCAGUGAAGGACAGUAUUGUGCAGGGCUUCCAGUGGGGGACCAGGGAGGGGCCUCUGUGCGAUGAACCCAUCCGCAACGUCAAGUUUAAAAUCCUGGACGCGGUGAUUGCCCAGGAGCCCCUCCACCGCGGGGGGGGCCAGGUCAUCCCCACGGCCCGCAGGGUGGUCUACUCCGCCUUCCUCAUGGCCACACCCCGCUUGAUGGAGCCCUAUUACUUCGUAGAGGUGCAGGCCCCGGCCGACUGCGUGUCCGCGGUCUACACUGUGCUGGCGCGUCGGAGAGGUCACGUGACCCAGGACGCUCCGAUCCCAGGCUCCCCGCUCUACACCAUCAAGGCCUUCAUCCCGGCCAUCGACUCGUUCGGGUUCGAGACGGACCUGCGCACCCACACCCAGGGGCAGGCCUUCUCCCUGUCCGUCUUCCACCACUGGCAGAUCGUACCUGGUGACCCCCUGGAUAAGAGCAUCGUGAUCCGGCCCCUGGAGCCACAGCCCGCCCCUCACCUGGCCCGAGAGUUUAUGAUCAAGACCAGACGGCGCAAGGGUCUGAGUGAGGACGUCAGCAUCAGCAAGUUCUUCGACGACCCUAUGUUGCUGGAGCUGGCCAAACAGGACGUGGUGCUCAAUUACCCCAUGUGAUCACGGAGACCACACCCCCAGCCUCGUUCCCCACCCACUUCUUCCAACCCCCCAGCCCUUUACUCCGGAAUUUCUGUUUCUGUAGGUCUGGUGGUCAAAUGGGGUUAUUGAAAACCUAUUUGGGAAAACCCAAAGUCCGUGGAGGUAGAAGAUGUUUCUAGAGCCAUGUUUGAUAUGGACAACCUCCCUCACGCAAGAUGGAUAACCCUUCUUCUAAUGGAUCGUGAAUUCAAUACUGCAGGACAAAUGGAAGUCUAGCUCAGUUUUUUACGUGUAUAAAUAGUGAAAUGCUUUGGUAAGAUGUCUGUUUUUUUAUAUAUAUUUGUCAUCAUUAACUUGAAGCUGAACAUGUAACAUGUUAAUAAAAACAGACCUGUUCUCUCUCUA